UACCUCAAGAUAUGUUUGUUGUUUGCCAAGUGUGCUAUUGAGAAACAGUCCAGGACUGAAAGCACCAAUAUCUGCCAGACUACAGGGAGAGUUUUGGAGCUCACAUACAUUAACGAGGCUGUUCUGGGCUAACGAGAUUAUGUAGCAGGUAGCUGGGAGGUUUGAACCUCGUUAUUUUGCAUUUCUAAUGUAUGUAAACUAUGCCUGUUGACUGCCAUGCAAUGGGAGUAGUCUGUGGUUCUUAACGCUCUUCUUCCAUAUCCAUUGGGGGCCAGUCAGCUUUUAUUUCAGGAGCUAAGACAGCAUGUCUCUGGUAUGACCAUCAGGAAGGCAGUGUAACUGUAACAUCUUUUGGUUGACAGUAUGCCACCGCCCAAGGACAUUGUGAAGGUCGCCAUUCAGAAGCCAGGGGCUUAUCCUCAGCUGAUUGAUCUUGAUCAGAAAAAGCCACUGUCUACAGUACUGAAAGAAGUCUGUGACUUUUGGAGCCUGACUAACCCAGAGCAGUAUGCACUUCAAUACCUGGAUGACGCACAGGCCUACAUCAGUGAGACGAAUCGGCUUGAUAUUAAGAAUGGCAGUAUCCUACAGCUUACUAAGGCACCGAGCCUGGCUGCAGAACAACUUCAUGCUGGGGUUCAAAACAGCAAUCAGGAUGUGAGAUCAGAUUCUCUGAAAGAACUUGCCUCACUUUCAAAGGAUAUCACUUUUGCCCAGGAAUUUAUUAAUCGUGAUGGACUUGACCUGUUGAUAAGAAUUGUAGAGGAAGGAGUUGAGACUGGAUUGAUACUGUCUCAUGCCUUGGGUGCCUUCACUGAAUUAAUGGAGCAUGGAUUUGUAUCCUGGGAGACACUGUCACCACUCUUCACCAAAACGAUUGUGAAUUUUGUAAAUAUGAAGAAUGCUGAUCCUGUGGUACUGUUACGCUCUCUCUCAGUCCUGGAGAGUAUGGUACAGAGUAGUCCUGCUCUGGCUGACGAAGUGCGAGAAAAAACCAUGCUCGAAUCCCUGAUUUUCCACCUGCAGGGCAAAAACCAAGAAACACAGACAAAAGACAUGGCCUUGAUAAUUGCCCUAUUACAGAGCUCAAAUGAAGCACUGAGGAAGGAUAUGAUUUCGUUUAUGGGAAAGCUGAACCUGAGACAGUGCAUUUACAAGAAUAUCAUACACAGUUCAGGGGGCAUGAAAACUGAGAUGGCACAUUACUUGUAUGUGCUGCAGUCCCUUACCCUCAACCUGCUGGAGCCAAGAAUGAGGACUCCAAUGGACCCUUACAGCCAGGAGCAGCGAGAAUCAUUACAGGGGCUGCGGCAGUGUGCCUUUGAGUCAGACUCCGACCCUACUACUGGCACCUUGAAUGCAGACCGUAGAAGGUCCCUCUGUGCCAAAGAGUUUAAAAAGCUGGGCUUUACUAACAAUACAAAUCCAUCCCAGGACCUGUUCCGUGUUCCUCCAGGAUUACUAGCUUUGGACAGUAUGGUCUACUUUUCAAUUCACUGGCCUAAUGCCUAUAGCAGGUUUGUCUUAGAGAACAGCAGUCGUGAGGAUAAACAUGAGUGCCCGUUUGCUCGUAGUAGCAUUCAGUUGACUUGUAGCCUGUGUGAAAUCCUGCAGAUUGGAGAGUCAGUCUCAGAGACACGGCAGGACUAUUUGCCCAUUUUUUUUGCUCAGGAACAUCUGUUUGAGGAGGUUUUCUGUAUCUGCAUUCAGCUGCUGAAUAAAACAUGGAAGGAAAUGAGAGCUACCCAAGAGGACUUUGACAAGGUGAUGCAGGUGGUACGAGAGCAGAUCACUAGGACUUUGUCCACUAAGCCUACCUCCUUAGAACUCUUCAAGACCAAAGUAAAUUCUUUGAAUUACAGUGAAAUCCUGAAGCUGCGGCAAACUGAGAGGUUGCACCAAGAGGAGACACUUGCUCCACCUGUACUGGAACUACGUGAGAGACUGAAACCUGAGCUGCUGGAGCUGAUCAAGCAGCAGCGCUUACAUCGAUUGUGCGAGGGUACAUUGUUUCGAAAAAUCAGUAGUCGGCGGAGGCAAGAUAAGCUGUGGUACUGCCGUCUUUCACCCAACUACAAGGUGCUGCACUAUGGUGACAUCGAGGAGGGUUUAGAACACAUUCCUAUAGAAAGUCUUCAUGAAAAAAUUCCAGUGGCAGACAUCAAAACUCUUCUGACUGGAAAGGACUGCCCUCACAUGAAGGAGAAGACAUCAGCUAAAAGUAGCAAGGAAAUUCUUGACCUGGCCUUCACUAUAGUAUAUGAUGUGGAGGAGUAUCAGUUGAACUUUGUAGCACCUACCAGAUAUGAAUUCUGCCUGUGGACAGAUGGUCUGAAUGUUCUUCUGGGCAGAGAGAUGGCUAGUGAAUGCACCAACACUGAACUGGACAUUCUACUGUCCAUGGAGAUCAAACUACGACUACUAGAUCUGGAGAACAUUCCAAUCCCAGAUGCUCCCCCACCAGUUCCAAAACUUCCCAGCAACUAUAACUUUUGCUAUGAUUUCAGCCAUGUGGAACAGUAAAGGUAGAUCACAACUGGGCACAAAGACAAUUAUGUCUAAGUCAAGGAGCACAAAGGGUUACUGGACAACCCACGUGGAAACAACAAGACCUGUCUGCAGCUUACAUUAACUCAGGGUGGAUAUCCCACUAUCCAGCUGUUCUACUACCCAGCUUAGCACCAAGAGGCUGUAUCAUGGCUUAGUGAAGAGGAUACAAGUGUGAAAAGGACUGGCCCCCUGAAUAAGCACAUCUGUGUUGACCCCACUCAUAAGCUUAAACUUGGAUGGAGGAAUCAUUCAUUGGAAGUCAAGAAAAGCUUAAUUUGCCAGUUGUACAACAUUGGCUAUUUCACUAGAAAGGGUUGAUCUGCUCUUCUUACCCUGCGGCUAAAGUGGAGGAAAAUAUGCUGCUAUGUGGCGUCUAGAUUAGCUGUAUAUCACUUAGAAAUCUACUGCUACAUUUUACAGUUGCUCACCAGUGUGUUAUGGCCAUUGCUAAAUCACUUAGCAUCCCCUCUUCAAAGGUCAUGCAAUGAGAAAGCUUAGUGUAGUUUUCCUACCUGGGGUUAGUUUGUAAAUGAAAUACAGAAAAGAAGACUAAACAUAAAUGAAAUGGGCACUUGCCUCCUAAAAUGUGUUAUUACAACACUGUGCAUGUGGCAUUCAUUACUGCAUUAACUGUUUGUGCAUCUGUGAAAGUACAGUUGCUGCAAAUGGAUCUAAAAGCACAUCUAUGAAGCUAGUAACCUCCUGACAAUCCAACGUUUAAAAGUAUGAUUUCUAUUUAGAAGUCUCUUUUGAUUGUGUACUGGGUCUGUGUGCUCAGUUUUCGGUGAUGCUCCCUACGAACCAAGAGUGGCACCUGAGUCACUGACCGAAAUGGAUAAUACAGAAGGGAGUAGUCUCAAAGGAAGGGCUGUCCCUGAAGCAGUGUCAGAGGCAGAUAGCACCACUGAAAACUAGCGAGGUAUUAAAAGACAGUUACUGACAUUUAGAGUGGUUUGUAGCUCUGGAAAGUAAAGCAACAACAAUAUACUGGUUUGUAAGUAUAACGGAUAUAAUUAUGGGGGCAAUACAUUUCACAGGCAGCAUCAACUGGAAAGAAGGAUAAGUUCCAGCCAUACUAUUCACAUUUCCCUUUGUAUUACUGUACCCCUAUUUCCUCACUUAUUAUCCCUGCAUGUUUUCUUCACAAAGGGCACAGCAUAGACAGCAUAUUCAUGAACCUCAUAACUGCACCAGUAUGUUAAAUGGAAAGUUAUUUUAUGAAUUUACUACUCUUUCUGUGCAAAAUGACUUAUUUUCAUUAGACUGAAUAUUGUUUUUUGUUUGGGGAAUACCACCUUGUUAAUUAUUUAUUUUAACUUAAUGACUCUUCCCUCUUCUCUCUCUCUCUGUUUUUAUUCUAUCAAUGACAUUACUAAAAAUUAUUACUGUACCCUCUUAGUUUUUGUUUUGGUAUAUGUUCUCGGUUACUCCGGUAUAUCGUGUGUGUGUGUGUGUGUGUGUGUGUGUGU